AGCGGGCCUGAGGUUUUGAUCCAGUGGAGUUCAUGAGAUCGUCGAGAGAGCUCGACGCAAUGAGGCGGAGAGACACGACAGCCGUCGAACCUUCAUCUCCUAACUGAACACACACAUACACCAUUUCUCAAGCCAACAAUCACAUCAGAAACAUGUGGUUCCGCAACUUCUCAAUCCUCCCGAGAGGUCUGUGAGUUCCUGCAAUCCAUUAAGCCCUUGAAUCCGGAGGAUUUUUCCCCCGUCGGCCGAUUCGCACCGAGCAGGCAAUGACAACGGCCUCCGCAACCCCGCAGCAGAUGAGAGACCGGCUGCUGCAGGCCAUCGAUAGCCACAGCAAUAUCUGUAACAUGGUUGCAGUUCUUGAUGUUAUCACCAAUUUGGAGAAAUACCCUAUCACCAAAGAAGCACUUGAGGAAACCCGCUUGGGAAAGCUGAUUAAUGAUGUGAGAAAGAAAACAAAAGAUGAGGACCUUGCCAAACGUGCCAAGAAACUCCUGCGGAACUGGCAGAAGCUGAUCGAGCCUGGCCAAAGUGACACUCCGGCGAGAGGAGUGCCAAACGUCCCGGGCUCUGCCAACGGAGGUGCUCACCCCUGCCGGACAGACACACCUCCAGUGGUCCCCCCUCCAAGCAAGGUUGCUCCUGAGCUUAAAACCAGGAAUGACAUCCAUAACACGUACUCCCCAAAGGCGGAGAAAUCCAGCAGCCGAAAGCGGCGGGGGGAGCCAAGGGAUAGUCCGCAUCUGCCGGCCAAAAUGACAAAAACGUCCCUUUACGAGCCAGUGUAUUCCUCUUCCCCACCAUCAAAUGGAAUUAGGGGAAGUCCCGAGCCACUUCCGGAGAAAGAGGAUGAUGCGGCGUCUGACAGGAUCCGCCCGGAACACCUAGAGAAUGACAGGCACAACAAAAUCCCUGUCAAUGCUGUGAAGCCUCAUCCAAGCUCUCCGGGGCUUACCAAACUACCUAGCACUUCCUCCCUACUCAAAACAUCAGUGUUACAGCAGCAUGCGAGAAUGGACGGAGGCGGGCAGAAUCAACCCAAAAGCCCUCGGUACUCCUCGAGUCCACGCAGCAUAACACACGAGGCGAUGGCAAAGAGGUCUUCAACAUAUGCACCAAAAGGGACUCUCUCGAGCCCGUCUCAGAAUUCUGCCCAAGUGCCCUCUCCUUUGCCCACACUGCAGCCUUUAACGUCACCGGCCCAGGUGUGCAUCGGGGACGGUCCAUCAUCUGUGGGGCUGGAAGGCUCCAUGCACUUGCACAGAUUGUCGGAUAGAGUCUCGCAGCCUCCGCACAGCACUGCAAAACUGGAGCCGCUCUCCAGCUCCCCACUCACCGCACACAUCUUAGAGGGCGCUGAGACCAAGGGUGAGCGGGAGGGGGCGACCUCCAACUUGGAGGGCAAAAAGAGGAAGAAAUACAGACCCAGAGACUACACAGUAAAUCUUCAGGGGCAGUCCUCGGAGGACAGGACCAAACCUGUGCGGUUAAAAGAGCGCAGGUUGACGUUCGACCCCGUGACCGGACAGAUUAAGCCCCUCACUCCGAAGGAAUCCCACCAUGAGGAAGAGUGCCAAGGACCGCCGAUUGCAACGCCCUCGGUGAGGACUGAGGUGCCGCAGCAAAAGACCCCUACGUCGGUUCCCAACCCCUUUCAGCAGACGAACUGGAAAGAGCUGUCCAGAAAUGAAAUCAUUCAAUCGUACCUUAAUCUUCAGAGCAAUGUUCUUACAUCCUCUGGAGCACAGACCCACGGGGCGCACUUUUUCAUGACUGAAUAUUUGAAAAGAGAGGAACCCGAUGUCAAAGAGCCCCGAAAAAUGCACGUUUUAGCACAGAGCAGCUCCCCGAAAGAACUACCUGGGGUGACUCGGGACGUAACAAAUGAGGACCUUCUCAGAAUACACAAAGAACACUGGCCUGGGGUGAACGGUUGCUAUGACACCGAGGGAGCCUGGUUCGAUUGGACAGAGUGCAUAUCAUUGGAUCCUCAUGGCGAUGAGAGCAAAUUGAACAUCUUGCCAUAUGUUUGCCUAGACUGAGAGAACAGGGUUUGGAAAAGCUUUCAAUGUUCCCACUGUGAGUCAAAGGGGAUCGAACCGACUCUCCUUGUCGCUCUGUACAAGGUUCAUCUUACAGGUGUAACGAACAAAACAACAGCAGUUGUUCCGAGUUCGGUUUUCCAUAAGAAGGAGAGAUGAAAAGAUGUCCUGUUUGUAAUGUGCUGCUACCAACAAGAAUUUGCAAACAAGGGUUGUAUAUAAUGGCUCGCAGGGAUUUAACUGGGCCAAUUCUUGCACAGUGUGUGAAUAAGAGGGUCCGAGCAAGCAUUGAGCAGUACAGAUAUGUUUGAAAGCAAGUCGAGAACAUUUUUUGGCAGUUACAAAAAGCUUUAUGUGACAAAGAAUAAAUUAUAAAAGUUUCUUAUGUAUGCAUCUAUUUAUUUGACCAUGGUUUCCUUUCUUUUUUUUUUUCUAGAAGGUUAUCCACUAAGAUGUGCAGAUAUGUCUGAGGCUUUUCUGUUCGCAUCACACACUUGUCCCCUUGUUUGUGAUGUACACGAGGCAUAUAUAAAUACAUUUUCCCCCACAGCGGCUCUCACGUACAUGUACUGAUCGCAGUAGAUACCGACAUUCCAUUCUGAACUGAACAUUUCUCGCUUCACAUUUCUUUCUCGAUUAAUCUAAAAUAUGUGAUUUUCAUAUGAGAGAAAAGCAAUCUAUUUUUUAGAUGUGUUAAAUAAAACAUUAUUUUAAACGAAUCUGUUUGCCUAGAUAAUUGUAAAAAAGAAAAAAAUAUGGAUAAAUAUGUCGAAAAAGAGAGAAGUAUUCAUGUGCUAGAAGAAAACGCAGUGAAUGGCCACCGAGGGUGCUACUUUUCAUCUUCAUACUGUGAGGACAGAAAAGCAGGAAAAUGUUAAUAUGCUGGAAAUACACUUGUUACCAUUCCUUUAGAUAUUGUUUGCCUUACUGAAACCAUUCAACAAUGACUUUAUUUCAAGAGCCUUAGUGAAUGUAUGGCAUUUAGACUUUUGUUUAGGUGGUACAGAAGGAAACACCUCUAGGCAUCUGCCAUAUGGUCUUUUUUUUCUCAAAUGGACGCAUUGUGCUAUAAAUGUGUCAAUAAAUAUGCGCGUUAUCCUGCUUGUCUGUACAUAGUUCUUGCUAUCCAUGUAAAACCUUUCUAAGUCUUCUCUUUUUUUUAGUGUGAAUGUAAUUAUUUUGGGAGGAAAUGAAGCAUUUGGAAUGAAAGACCCAAUCGUUUGUGUUACUGUUCACAGGAAUCUAUAGACCUAGAUGAAUAGGUUGUGGUCCUAUUAUUCAUUCAGUGUUUUCAGUUUGACAUAAUAUUGAUCGUGUUUUUUUUUUUUAUUCUUUUUUUUUUUUUUUAAUGCCUUGCCAUUGUUUUGAAAAAAAAAAAGUCUUGUGAAGGGGGUGAAACCUAUUUACUGCCGACUUGCAAACACUGUGUGCUCUGCUACCUUCGUCCUACCAAUGUGCCUUUGAUGUAAAAAGUUUGGAAAGGCUUCCGCUAUCUUCACUUGGUUUCAAAAAGUACAGCAUAUGUUUUCUUCAAACCAUGUCAGAUAUUCCAGGGAUAUACAUCGUUUCUGAAGCAAAGGCCAUCUAAGAGCUCAAUACUUGGUUAGGGUAUUGCAAAUAUAAUUUGCAAUUUAAAACUAGAGGAGAGACUUCUUUGAUCAUUUUUGAUCAGUAUAUUUGUUCAGUGUUUAACAUCACUCGUUUGUUCGAAAAAAUAAAAUAAUCUAAACUC